GCGAGAAAGCGGAAGUGCGAGAGUUCGCGAGAUUUGGCGUGAAUUGAACCUCUGGAGAUAAACAAAUCCGCGUAUAUACAUAGGCAUUAUAGAUUUCUUGUUUUUAGUGAUACAGAAUGGCAUUGUCCAUUCUGUAUUGGUUGAAUUUUGUAUCCGGGACUAAAAAGCUACACCAGAAGUCUGAAGUGGCUGUGAAAUCUGAACACGUUCUUAAAUUCCUGUAUGAUCCUGAGCUGAGACACGUCCAGGGAAGGGUGCAAGCCAGCAUGAGGGAUAGAAGCUAUCAUAUUAACAUCACACUUGGGGAUAAUUACACUGUGGAAGACAGUAUCUGUGACUGUGUUAAUGGCCAGGAUAAGUGUCACCACAAAGCUUCUCUUCUGUUAUAUGGGUACAAGAAUGUUAGUAAGACGGAUGUAAGAGAAUCUUGGAUAAAACACCCAAAGAGUGGACCCCCAAAGAAAACGAUGACCAUGGAUGAAUUAUUUCCUCCAACACCAAAACUAGCAAAUUAUAGCCAUGCAAUGGAUAGUUUCUGAAGAACCCCCUGCUCCCAAAGUGGAUGUUCCAUGCGUAGAGGAUCUUCUGUUAACGGAAGGUUACACAAGUGCGACCAAUAAAGUGCAGUGGCUUAAAACAAACCUUCGUGUAUCGAAGCAGCAGACAGAACAAGUGGCACAAAUGACAUGUGGUCAACGAACAAAUUAUCUUUGGGCUUUGGUUAAAAAAAAUCGAUUAACGGCAUCAAAUUUUGGUGUGGUACUAUCGGCAAUAAGAAGACAGAGAUUCCCACCAUCAUUAUAUAAGCAAAUCUUUUCCUCAUACAAUCUCUCGACAAAGGAUGCCAUAUUAUGGGGGAUCAGUAAUGAGUCAACUGCUAGGACAAAAUACUGUUCAUUUGGAGAUGCUAUUGUAGAAGAAACUGGUGUAUGGCUGCAUGAGAGUGGCAUAUUGGGAGCCAGCCCUGAUGGAAUUAUUCGACGUGCAGCGACACACAAUUACAACUACCAGGAUGUAGAAUUAACAGACCUACUCGAGUGCAUGGCUGUUAAACCAGAAGUUUUGGAGGUGAAGUGCCCAUUUAGUGCAAGGAAUAUGUCAAUUCCCGAGGCCAUAGAAUCUGUCAAAGAUUUUUGCUUGGAUUACCAAAUAUAUGAAGGAAGGAAGUUCUACAAGUUAAAGAAGGGCCACAGAUAUUACGAUCAGGUGCAAGGACAGCUGCACAUACUUAACAGGUCAUCAUGUGACUUUGUAGUGUGGACUACGAAAGACAUAGCUAUUGUGAGAAUUCUUCAGGACAGCACCUGGACCCCAAAUAUGUCAAAACUCAUCGAUUUUUACUUUUGUAAAAUAAUCCCAAAUAUUGUUCAGGACUGACAUUUGGUUAGUAUGACAUCAUAUAGGCAAUUUUGUAUAUUUGUACUGAUAUACGGUAGGUUUUUUAUGAGUGACUUAAAUUGAAGUUUUUGAUUAGUGAUUACCAGUAAUCCCAAUUUAUACACAUACAAAUAUGUUAUAUGUUUAUGUAAUAAUACAGUGAGUUGUAGGGCAAUGUCAGACUUGUAUACCUGCUACAUUGAAUAUUUUGGGACUUGACUUGAACCGCUUGUUUUCAGUAAUCAUGAGGCACUAUUUAUAAGGAAUCUUAUUGUUAUACAUAUGUACUCGGGGUAAAGCUGGAAACCAACAACAGAAGUUAUACUUUGUUUUCUGAAUUAUUUCUGAAAGUUUUCUCAUCAUUACACAUAAUCAUGAAUAAUUAUUUCUUGAGUUUUAUAUUGUAUUGAUUGAUUUUUGCUUGUAGUGUAUUUCAGGUUGUUCUUAGUAUUUCUUACCACUUAAAAAUACACAAUAUAAUUUUUUAAUACAGUGAAAGAUUUCUUUCAGAACUGUAGAAGAAAUAAGUUAAGUAUUCUGUUCAAAUGUCUUUUUGAAUAUAUAUAUAUCACAAUCUGUGUAAUAAAUUUUUGACUGUAUAUGCUUUUUUUUUAUCUAGUCGAAUACAUGUAAGGCCAUGCAAAGUUAAUUACUUGGUUCUCAGGCCUUUUUUCAAGAAAUAUGAUGAGGGAGGGAGGCAUUUUUUUUUCUUUUUUAUUGCCCCCAAAACAUGACGAGGCAGCUUUUUGCAUUCUACAAAACCUCAAAAAUGAUGAGGGAGGUGAUUUGGUGUUUAUAUUUCAUUGAUUUAGCAUUAGAAAGGGUCAAUGAGGCACCCUUGGAAGAGAUGAGGGAGGGCCUGAGAACCAAGAAAUUAAUUUUUUUUUUGCCUAAUAUGCAAGUAAACAAGAGACGAAGUGAUGAAAAAAUACAUGUAAAUUUUAUGUACAAUAUGGAACUACAUUUUUUGGUAUUUCACAUAUUCCAUGUAAAUAUUGGACAUCAUUUUGUCAAAGAAUUAUUUCAUAACAAUUGUACUGUUCCAUUAUCCAAAGAGACUAAUGACUCGAUGUAUUAAAAAAAAUGGAUAAAGAAUAGAAAUUUACUAUAACAUAUGUAAAAUUUGCUAGCUUUCAUGAUAUUAUAGAAUUUAAAAUAUACAUGCUUUUUUGCAAAAAAUAAUGAUAAAUGGAGUAUUUUCAAAGAAUCUUUGUAAAGGUCAAUGACAACAUACUAUUUACCUUAAAAUGCUCUUUUCAAAGUUGUUUACAAGAUUUAUGAUACAUAUAAUACAACCUUUAUUUUCCUGGCACUUAUACAUAGCACUCUACUUGAAGCAAGGUUGGGUUUGUCAAAACUUUGUUACACUUACAUUUACAAUAUCAA